CGACCUUGUUAUAGAGAAAAGUGUAAACCGAGUUUUUAAAUUUAAACUUGCAAGUAAAUAAGUUGGAAACGUUGCUUUUAUCUUAAUCGUAAUACGUAAAUUAAAAUAUAUUUUUUAUGCGACUAUGUCUUACAACAAUCGUAAUAAAUAUGAGAAAGCGCGAAGACGAUUAGCUGCGGUUACUUUUCUAUCUAAUAUUUCCCUUGAUGGCUCAUUCAAGGAUACUGAGCUUUGCCAAAUUUUAGACAUAAAAUAUAACGGUGAUAAGUGUGACGGUUCAAAAUUAAAAAAUAUUCCAAAUAAUAAUGAAAAAGAUACAUCGCGCAGCAAAAACCGCAAUGCGAAAAUGCCGCAGUGUAGUCCAGCACACAAACACAAUAACGAUAAUCAUUCUAUUACUUCUGAUUCUGAAUACGCUCAUGUAACACCUAUAAAAGGAGGUAGUAAUAAUCUAAUAAGAGAAAGGUGUUCUUCUGGAAACACAGACCUAUUUAAAGACAGGCACCUCUCGCUUCGAGGACGAAAAACAUGCACACAAGAUGAGAAAAGUAGCUUAGAAAGUUUAACCUUUGGUCGUCUUAGAACCAGUAGUACUUGUAUUCCAGAAAAUCAAACAUAUAUUAAGGAACUGAAGUUGAUUAAGGGGACCAAAGGAGUGACUUUCAAAGAUGAAAGACUUGUAUUUGCACCAGCUCAAGGAGUGCCAUGUGCUUUAUUCAGUACUAUACCAUAUUCAAAAACUGCUAGAUGUGCAAGGGCUGACUUGAGGAAAGAUGGAGUGAGAAGGAGGAAUACAUCAGGCCCUAGACCUCUCUCUGCGAUUACAGAUAAUGGUGUUGAUCCAUUUGACUUACUCGGAUUAGAAAGAGAGGAACACGGUCAAGAUAUCUCAUACUCAAAGUUGUUAGUGCCCUCUCGAGUUUGUACACGAGAACAGUAUAGGAGGAUGUGUGAAGCAGAUUUUACAGAUAAGGCCUCUUGGAAAGUAAUAAAUAGACAUCCACAUGUCAUUGCCAGGACUAAGUUAUUGACGAGACACAAGGAUAAAAAAUGGUGCUUCUCAUACGAAUCUGCUCAACGCAGUACAAUUGCAUCGUCACCGCCUCAUUCCUCCGUUGAAACGAAAACUUUUGACUGGGAUGAAGAAAUAAUAUUGGCACAAAAAUACGUAAGCAAAAAGAUCCACUACUGCCCAAACGUUCUUGAUGACCCAGAAUUGAUAGCUGGUAAACACAGGACUCUCCUAACUUUUACGUCAUACAUGACAUCCAUUAUUGACUACGUUCGACCUCAGGACUUGAAAAAGGAACUUAAUGACAAGUUUCGAGAGAAGUUCCCUCAUAUCAAAUUGACACUAAGCAAACUAAGAAGUAUAAAGAAAGAAAUGCGAAAAAUCGCUAAACACGACUGCGGAGGGAUCGAUCUGUUAUCUGUGGCACAGGCAUACGUUUACUUCGAAAAAUUAAUUCUUGCCAAUCUUAUUAACAAAGACAACAGGAAGUUAUGCGCUGGCGCCUGCUUAUUACUCUCGGCUAAAUUGAAUGAUGUUAAAGGCGAAAUGCUCAAAAUGCUUAUAGAGCGAAUCGAAACAACGUUCAGACUGAAUAGAAAGGAUCUAAUAAAAUUUGAGUUCGCUGUAUUGGUCGCUCUGGAAUUCGGCCUUCAUGUACCGCCCCAUGAGGUCUUUCCGCACUACCAGAGACUCCUUCACGAUUCGUGACGACGUCUUUCCUUUGAGAUCGGCCGCCCUUACCGCGAUUAUCGGCCGCAUCGACGACGCGCCUCUAUCGUUGAAAACUUUCGUGCCAAUUCCUGGAUAUAAACCAACAGAUAAAAUUGUCUUUGUUCUAGGCGAGUGCUACACAUUUUGCAACUUCUUUAAUAGAUAAGUAGAGUAGAGUUUGUGCGGAUAAAGAACUGUCGUUGGAUUCGAGGUCGUUAAAUAUUUCGUUAUGUUGACAAUGCUGCUACGUUUUUAGUUCGAUAGUUAUCAUUAUGAUACUUAAUAUGAAAUAAUUAAAAGUAUAUAUUUGUAAAUGAAACGCAUAGCAAAUCGGUUCUCUUUCCGCUCAACCUAACUUUGAGAGUUUAUCGCUGAGCCGGAUUGUUUGUAAUUGUUAAAAUAAAUUGUUGUAAAAUUGAUUGUACAGUAAUUAACCAUGUUUGUAGAUAUUAAAGGGACUAACAGUGUUAGUCUAGAAAUAUCUUCUUCUUUAAAUUCUUUGUGUGCUAUGCAACAAGCUCAGGAAAUAUGGCGGCUGAGGCGGUAAAUCGCUAAAUAAUAGCACAUACCUGAAAGGAAAAACAAAAUAUUAUCGGUUUUUCUUAUUGUGUAUGUUAGAUAUAAAUGUUACUUAAGAAGAUGUUAUAUUUAUAUCAUAUCCGUCUAAUAAUACGGUUUAAGAAUAAAGGAUCGUUUCUAUUGAUAGAUAUUAUGCACAAUCUACAUAGGUGUAUUAGUUGUCAUAUGUGCAGUUGUCAAGGCUUUAUUGAUCAUAAAAGAGUUUGAUGCUUAAACAAAAGUAGACAGCGUAAUCAAUAUGGAUUAGAUCUUGUGGAACAUUGGAAUGUCGAUGUGCCAAAAAUGUAUUUAUUUUCAAACAGCUUGAAGGCCGUGUAGUUCCCAAACCGCUCACGUAGCGCUACCCAAGUGUUCUAUGCUAAAUUAAUCUGCUAUAAUCUAUGGCAUUCUAUGUAUUGUUUAUACUAAGGAUCUAAGAUACUUAUAAAGACUUUGCGAUUCAUAUGAAGGUGCUAUGUUUAAGAAAUUGUUGGAAGACGGAUUUUACUAUUAGGGUAAAGGUAGGAAUAUUAGAAUUAAUUAACAGGCUCUCUGUAAUACCAAAAAUUGAAAAAUAUUAGGAAUAUGACAAGUGUUCCUUCAAUUUAAGAGAUAAAAGGCUUAUCCCCGUAAUUAAUUAUCCUUACAACAUAACUUUGUCCUUUACAUACAUACAACGUUGGUACGUACAGAAAUAAGAAAAUGUUACAGCAAUACAUUGCAAAAACACUGAAACCUGUAGUUUUUAACAAAAACUAUAUAUUCCAAAUACAUUAAAAGAAAAAUAUUUUUUAACAACGCCUUGUGAACUAGGAAUGAUAUUUGAAGUACACAUCUGAUAUGAUUUUCAGUUUUUCUGUUAAAAUUGUGGAACUCAAUUAUUUAAUUUUUGCCCUACACCUUAUUCGAUAUUUCUUUGGAGUGAAACGUUGUAUGUUGCAAAGGGACUCGUAGCAAUUACGAUUAUUUUAAGGUAUAGGAAUGUAGGCGUAGCCGUUGUUGCCAUGAUGCUAGUGAAUUGUAACAUCACUUUAUGUUUAACUUGCCUGUUUUUAUUGUAAGAUUUUUGCUCAUCGUAUACGAAACGAGGCCAAAGAUUAUUUAAAUGUAGUUAUAAUGAUAUAGUUAAAGUAUUACAACCUUGUAUAUAUUUUAGUUCAUAAUUCAAAUGUUUUUUAUAUAUUUUUUUCAAUACACUCCACCAAUAUAUACCUACAUAGGAGAUUUUAAUAUAUCAGCCUACAUUGAUCUCAGCGUCACAGUGAGAAGAAUGAACAAAUAUGGAAUGAAAUUUUAGUAAACAAAUUUAAUUACGUUUUUUCUGGCUCAUUUCCGCUAUUUCUUAUAAUAUAUUGAACUCGGACACAUAAAAAUGGAGUUUUAUGGAGCCAGUAAUUCUGACGAAAUAUAUAUUUAUUUUUUAAACACACAUUUUCUUGAUAAUUAAGGGUUCUUAACACGUACAAAACGAGUGUGAUUUGUAGUAUAUAUAGAGUGAAUGGUACAUAAUAUAUAUUUUUUUAUUUAAGCCGAGUACGCACAGUACAAAAUUAUUUGCAUUAUUUAAAUACACCUAGAAUUGUAAACUCGCUCGCGGUCUCUUUCGCCUAAUCCCGCUCAAAAGAUUCGUAAAAUAAGUAUUUUUUUAUCUUUUACAACAGCAACAAAUAUGAUCUGAUUAGACGAUAAAGUCGCCGAAUAAAUCAUUAAUUUGUAUAUCAAUAGAUUCAUAUGUAUAUGAAUGGUUAGUAUGUGUUUUGAAUUUUUGCUGUAUAUAAAUAUGAAAAAUUCUAUUACAGUUUCUA